GUGGAAUCGGCUCUUGUGCCCUUGGUUCGAGAACGCCGCGACGCCGAGUUGCCGAGUUUGCGCCGUGAGCGCCGCGUCGCGUCGCCUGCAUCGCGUCAUCGCUUUGCGUUCCCUGACGCAGGUUCCGUAGCGCCACAAACGGCCGUUUAGGUCGGCAGUUUCCACCGUUGCUAAGUUUUUUACACCCGCCGUAAGCCGCGGCGGCUCCGAAUCACCUGUCAGCAAUUUUCUCUGUGCCGGCAACUCAGACAACGGAACCCCAUCGUCAUGGCAGUCGAAUCAAGAUGGAUGCCCUGUCAGCUAAAGAUCGAGGUAAAUCUCUGCAGCUGCGACUACGACGGCAUCAUCCUAGUCUCAGGAAGCGCCCCGGGCUUCGACGAGCCGGAGCCCUUCAAGACUGUUCUCUACUGUGCUGCCCAGAUCGACUCAGCCCUGGGGAUUAUCGGUGCCGUACUGCCAAUCAACCUUCCAGCGAAAAGGCUGAUCUACAGUCCGACGGGUCCACUCAAUAUGGACUACCAUGACGUACGAAGUUUCGCCGAGGCUGCUACCGAGGGGGUAAAAAGAGCGCUGAAAGCUGGCGUCCGAUGUCCCCUUCUUGUAUUGCUCCCGGAUAUCCGAUUCGACAACGUGGAACUUGUCACGCUUCUCGGAGCCUUGGAAGGCCUCUACGUGCCGUUGGAGGUACGAGAAAUAUGCCCUGAUAGGUGCUACAAGGCGUGUCAGUUGGCCGUUUGGAGUCCAAUAUGCAGUAAAAAGCUCCAGGGUAUCGUCAAGUUGGCGUCUGCAUUGGAGAGCGGAAGAUACGUUGCAAGAGAUAUCGGUGGCGCAGAUCCGGAGCGCAUGGCACCGCCGAGGGUGGAGGAAUACAUAGCCGAGCUCUUCUGCGGGUCCAACGUAUCAGUCCAAGUAAUAUGCGACCAGGAUACCCUGCUUCGGGAAUAUCCUCUGUUUGCAUGUGUGAACAGAGCAGCUUCGGUGAUCCCCAGACACGCUGGCAGAAUCGUAUUCCUGACCUACGAGCCACCGAAUCCCGCCUGUGUCUUGGAGACGCUUCUGCUCGUCGGCAAGGGGGUCACCUACGACACCGGAGGAACGGACAUCAAAUUCGGCGGUUCGAUGUCUGGCAUGUCAAGAGAUAAAUGCGGAGCAGCUGCAUGUGCCGGUUUUAUGCAGGUUGUAAAUCUGCUCCAACCACCGACGGUAAAAGUCGUCGCUGCACUUUGCGUCGUCAGGAAUAGUGUCGGUGAAAAUUCCUACGUAGCUGAUGAGGUCGUCACCGCAAAAUCCGGAGUAAGAGUUCGCGUAGGAAACACAGAUGCUGAAGGGCGCAUGGCAAUGGCUGACGCACUCUGCCACAUUAAAGAAAUGGCUCUGUGUUCCGUCAAUCCUCACAUUCUCACCGUUGCUACCCUCACCGGACACGCAGUUCUAUCGGCAGGGAAAGGAUACUCGAUCGCCAUGGAUAACGCCGUUGCAAGGCUGGUCAGCAAUGCUGAAAAGUUACAGGCAUCAGGUGAUACAAUGGGGGAUCCGUUCGAGAUAUCACGGUUUCGAAGAGAAGACUUCCAGUUUCACGAGGGACGAGCGGAGGGUGAUGAUGUCCUCCAGGCCGAAAAUAAGCCAAGCGUAAAACUCGAAAGAGGCCACCAGGGCCCAGGUGCCUUCUUGAUUAUGACCUCCGGGUUGGACAAGCACGGAACUGCGUCGGAAAAACCGCUGAAGUAUACUCACCUAGAUGUUGCUGCGAGUGCAGGUGACCUCCCCAGCCAUCCGACUGGUGCUCCGAUAUUGGCACUGGCUAAAAAAUUCUUGCUCAAUUCUCCGGAAGAUGAGUCAGACAACGAAGUUGACCUAAAGAGUCCUGAGAAAUAAUACGAUCAAACUAGACUACUUUUUUUUUGUUCUUUUGCAGAGAUUCCAUCAAAAGUUCGAAGAGCCUGGUGUACAUUUUUAUUGAUGGAAAUCGAGUACCUUAAUCAUGUCCUUCCGUAUCUUUCCAAAUCCCUAGUUUGAUUCUUCAAAUCUUCGCCCCUGCCUUAGUGCCGUUAAUUAUUUCACACCGGCCUCUAUAUCAUCUAUUUUAUUUACGUUAUUCAUUUCAGCUGGAUCGUUUGCAUCAUCCAUUCUCGGAAAAGAUAUACCGUACGUAACGAACUCCCUAAACCAUCCUGAUUCCAGACCCACCACAGUCUACAUCCACCCUACUAAUGCUCCCCUUCCAUUUCCUUUCAUUCUCCGGUCACGUGAUCAGUGUGUUCACGUGCCCAUAGAAGCUCAUGCAUUUUACAAAAUCUCGCGUAGUCGUUCGCAGGAAAUGUAUAUUUCAUGGCAAUCGCAAUUACCAGAUUUCCAAUCCGACGAGCACGUGACCCAUACAGUGUGUGCUUUCCUGGGAUCAAGAUUUAUGUGGGUUUUACUAUCUGUUGUCCAAUUUGGAGAUACAUUUUAUGUCAGAUUUAUUUAUCAGGCGUUUCACCAAUUAUCAGCUCAGGUUCAGACGGAAGAAAAUAUAUUUCUUUCAGCUUGACAGUUCGAUGUACUUUUCCAGAGUGAUUUUACUUCGCAUCUUUGUGUAACUCUGGCUAACUAAGUGUAUGAAGCUGAUUGCAUGUUCAUGAUUGUUGGAACGCCUUGCGGUACAUGUACUGUAUAAUUUUUCCUUCAGGUAAAUACUUGUAUUACCCUAAAAUACAUCAAAGGGGCUAAUUCUACUGGACUCUGCUACAUCUUGUUAGUGAGGAAAUUCGUUGUGUCAAUAAUAUGGAUUUAUCAAAAUCUGAUUGUUCAUUAAAUUUAAGAACAUAGUGACUUAAUUUCUUGCACUGUUAAUAGUUUGUUUAGAACAUUUACCAGAGAAUUUAUUGUUCUUUAAAAUAAUUUUUUAUUUUUUUGAGGUGACUUUACUUAUUACCAUAAUUGAUUUAGAUAUUGAGAUUAAAUUUUUAUAAACGGGAUAUCACGA